AUGUCUUGGUUCAAGAGGGAUAAGACUGUCAUCCCACCUGUCACAGACAACUCCCAUGACUACAAUUCCCGCUUCGAUAGAAACACUGGUGGGACGCAACCAGCUCCCAACCAGUCCGACCCUAGGCAAAACUACUAUCGACCUUCCAAUGCUACCUACAAUGCCUCCCGCGACCGUGAUCUCUACUCGACACCCGCUGCACCUCCACCAUCCAAUGACCCCUAUGCUCGCAGACAGAUCGGCCUGGAUCCGUACAAGUUGAAGGGUCGCCACCCUGGUGGUGUAGAUCAAGACCGAGCUGAGCUAUUCGAUGGCUAUGAUCCGAAGGCUCAGGCUGCCCGUGAAAGGAAUCGCUUUCGGGAUAUCACCUCGGGUGACGACGACAUCACCGCUGGGGAUGAGCAGACUCAGACCCAGAUGGACUCGGAAGAAGAGGUCGAGGCGAUCAAGAAAGAUAUCAGGUGGACGAAGCAGGAGACUGUGGGAUCCUCCCGUAACGCUUUGCGACUGGCUCGGGAGGCUGAGGAGACCGCAAGGAACACCUUGCUGAAGCUGGGCGAUCAAUCUGGCAUGUGGCCCUGGUCCAAGCUCGCUGAUACUGAGCGCCACCUUGAUAUCGCGAAAGCGCACACUAACAGGGCCGAAGAUGCUACGAAUGAGCUCAAACAGCUUAACCGCUCCAUAUUCCGCCCCGUCAUCACCUGGGAUAAGAAGGGGAAGCGUGCGGCAGAGCAAGCACGCAUGGAAGCCCGCCAUGACGAUGAGCGGUCAGAACGUGAGAAGGCGAUGGCGGACGUCCGCGAAACCCAGAACCGUAUCGGCAAGGCAUCCACGUACGGCAUGUCGACCGAAGACGAGAUUCAGAGGAAGGCCAAUCGCAUCCGGGGCGAAGGACGGAAGCGCUAUCAGUUCGAGGCGACUGAGAGCGACGACGAGCUCGAAGAUGAACUUGAUGACAACUUGGGUGAGAUUGGCGAAGUGGCAAAGCGGCUCAAAGCGAUUGCGAUGGCACAAGGCGAGGAGAUUGACGACCAAAUCAUUCGCGUCAAGAACUUGGAAGACAAGACGGGCUCACUGACAGGAAAGAUUGAUCGUGGCACGGACAGGCUGAAGAGGAUCAAAUGA